AUGAACUCAGUCGUGUGGCAACAGGUUCGGCCUCGGUCAAGACCUCUUAGUUCCUCAGCAUUUACUCUGUUUGCUGGCAACAUUUCCUUCGAUACCUCAGCAGAAGAUCUAUUUAGGAUCUUCGGUAGGUACGGUAAGGUAGUUGACACCUUCAUCCCCUGGAAUCCCCAUCUCAACAGACCUCGUGGGUAUGGCUUCGUCAGAUUUCAGUAUGAAGACGAUGCCAGAGCAGCGCUGAGAGUUCUGAAUGGUAAAAGGGUUGACGGCAGGAUCCUACUCGUCCAGAUGGCAAAGGCAAUGACAUCUUCUCACCCCAACCAGCGACCCACUCGACCCACUACCCAACCCACCCGGCCAACUCCUCCCAUUCCAGGGCAGACCAACAACCCCCUUAGCACCCUAUCGGAGCCAAGAUCGUUCGCCCAAGCGGUGCAGGAUCCCAUCCUCCCACAGCUCCCAGAUGUUCAAUCAAAUGCAUGUGUGACCCAAAUGGUCCCAAACGUCAUGCCCUAUCCUGCCCAUGGUACAUUCACCAUCCAAGCAGACAAUAGGAGUGUUGCUCUGAAACUUAAAGAGCUGAGUUUAGCCCUGGUGGGCCAGGUUCUCGACGCUCACGUGCAAACUUCCCAAAUCCUUCAAGAAUUCAGGAUCACCAGAUACAUGCCCUCCGCUUUGGACAUUUCGUGUAUAGGCUUAGACUCUUUCCUCUUGGUUUUCAAGUCGAGAUCGGGAAUGAUCUCCUUCUUCUCAAACUCCAUGCUUCACAUGAAAAUGGGCUUUGCUAAGGUAGAAGCCUGA